ACCAAACAAUCAUGGCGACUGAGGUCCAACCGGCUGCCCCAGCGCCUUCUUCAACCCCGGCUGAGGAUGAUGAGACAUGGUUAUAUGGCGAAGAGAACAAGGAAAAAGAUAAAGCACAAGAACCACCAAGUGAGACUGUUGGAAACGGUGCUGCUAAGGAGAAUAAAAAAGAUGACCGAGAAGCAGGGGAAUUGAGUGGUGAAGAAGAAUCACAAGACAAAGGAAAUGAUGAUGACGAUGAUUCUGAUGAUGAUGUACAGGUCACUAUUGGUGACAUUCAGGCCUUUCCAAUUGGAGAUGGUGCAAGAAGUCUCUUCAAAGCCCCAGGAUACCAAAAAGCAGGAGCUGGUGCCACAGGUAAAGGCACGACAGCCGCUGGAGCCCAGAAGGGUGUGGAUCUAGAGGCAGUGGGUACCAUCAAUGGGAUCCCUGCCUAUGAUUUUGAUUUGGAAACCCUACAGGCAGAUGAAAAACCAUGGAGAAAACCUGGUGCUGAUAUUACAGACUACUUUAAUUAUGGUUUUAAUGAAGAAACAUGGCAGCAGUAUUGUGAGAAACAGAGGCGACUAAGGGGAGAGAACCAGGGCUCCAGACCAUAUACACAUGUGUCAUCUGGUAUAAAGAAAGAUAUAACAGAGACGCCACAAAAUGUACCUGUGCUGUCAGGUAGAAAGGCCAUCAUUACCGUACCACGUAAAACAUCAGGCACAAUAGAUGUGAUUGGUGGAACAGCCCGAGAUUCCAGAAGACCGGAGGGAGAACCCAUUCAAGUGGCAGGGAAGUACCCAAGUGCAGUGCCCCCACACCCUCCUCCUGGAAUGGACUUCAGUGUCCCCCCUCCAGGGAUGCCCCCACCUGGAGUCCCUCCCCCAGGAAUGCCAGUACCUCCUGGAGUUCCUCCUCCUGGUAUCCCAGGCAUUCCUCCUCCUGGUUUCCCAGACUUUGAUCCUUUCUUCCCUCCACCUGGGCAGCCAUCCAGCACUCGUUACGAGGACAGACCCUCCUAUAACUAUGACAGCCAGCACACAUCCUACCCCACAUCUUACCCAGACACACCACAUUCCUCAUCCUGGGACAGGACAGAGACGUAUUGGAGAGACUAUGUGGGGAGGGGGGAUAGGAGCCCUGUCAGGUCCGAAUCUGACUUCAGCAGUUCUGGCAGUGAGCGUGAUUACAGAUACAGGGACUCAUCCCGCAGCAGUCGAUAUGACAGAGAAAGGGACUCCUACAGAAGAGACAGGGAUUCUGAGAGAAGUCGAGAUCGAGACAGAGACAGAUCUAGAGAGAGAGAUAGGGAUCGAGACAGAGACCGAGAUAGGAGACACAGAGAUGAAAAGCACAAGUCACGAAGGAAGGACAAAGAAGAUGAUUCUAGUAGAUCUAAACACAAGAAGAGCAAGCGAUCUCGACGAGAUAAGGACGAGGACUCGGGGAACACAGGAUCUGAGUCGGCCAGCAAAGCAGACUAAUAAAUCAUUUUAUUCCAAUUUCAUGUCUAUUAUAGUCAUUAAAAUUCAUGUAGUCAAAUCUU